UUUGUUUGUUAAUGGCAAACCAUUAAUUGGUAUUUCCUAAGCACGCAAGCCCAUCCGACCACUGAAAGAUGCUUGAUUUGCAGUUGGUGAAAAGAAAGUGAUCAAGUUUUGAAAUGUUUUGAUCUUUGUUGUACAUAUAUGUACAAUAACAAGUCUUUAAUUGUUUUUGAAAGCUGAAAAGCUCAAAAACCAACAUGCGAUGACAAAACAAAGCCGCGCGCCGACAUGUACAAAAUGGCUCAAGAUGCUUUCAAACUCUCGUUUUUUCUUUUGUUGUUAAAAACAUGGCAAGCCUCGACGUAUUUUGAUGGUCUGCUUGGUGAAUCGGAUGUCUUCGAGAACCCAUCGUGCACGGAGGUGGACUUGGCGAGUGAUUCUUGCGAGUGUAAUCGCUUCCACGCCGAGUGUUUAACCUCUACAUGCAAGUUAUGCAAGUGUCGAAAGAAAACUCGAAUUUAUCGUUCGGAUGUGCGCAAAUGUUUAAGUGAUAUCAAAGCAAGAGAUCCUUGGUGUCGCUACCAGUUUCUCAACAUUCGCGCGGAUGUCAUACCAACAAUUGAUCUCUCAAAAAAAUGUGCAUCAAAGAAUCUAUGCUCCAAGCCAAUCAACGCGCCUUUCGACAAGACGAAACAAUCGUGCCAUUUUGGCUGGAUCAAUUUCCUCGAGAAUGGCUCAUGGCAUGAGCAAACCAUCAGGGAAUUUUACAAAACUUUCAAACUGGAAGAAUCAGACUAUGUUUCUAAAGGUGGUUACAUGUACAGUCUUGAGUGGAAAGGUUCCGUCAGAUCCGACGUUCAAAAACGUUUGUUUCAAGUUUCCGUAGAAUGUGUUGAUCUUGAUAAGUCGAAGGAGUCUUAUUGCUUAAUGUUUCGUGUUCGAGGUAAAAAUGAUCCAAUCUUGCUUUCUGCACCAAAACCAAAGCCAACAACGGCUCUUCAAACGUUCAGCAGCGUCAUUUCGAACACAAAAAGAGACGAGAAAUAUCGUACAGAUGGGCCUAUACGGUAUGGAAAAGACCUCAACAACGAAGAACCAAGAAGUGCAAAAGUCAUUGUUGUCAAUGAUAGUUUUACACUUAUCUUAGCUGCAAUCGCAGGUGCUCUUGGUACAGCAUUCAUUAUCAUCCCCAUUGCUAUAUAUUGCCGAAGAACUGCCAAAAGACGAGGUUCAAUGGCCGUAAAGACGCAACGAAGACUUGUCCAACAACCAAAUACCAGUACUUCUGACGAAACGUACUUAGAACCACAGAUUUCAGCGGAGACCUUAAGCUCCUACGCCAGCUUAAGCGCAAAUCGUGAGCCACAUUCGAUAUAUCAACCUUUAACAAGAAGACCGGACAGCGAUUCUCUGGUCGAGGAACCAAUAUACAUAUGUGUGGAGGGCGAUUUUGAAGAAGAACCAAAAAGUCCAAAGGCUUUUCCAAUUUACCAUGUCUUGGAAGGACCUACACAUGAGGAAGAAAAUAGUCAAGAGGAUCACUUGCAGGAUGAUAUAGUUUCACGUUGAAGAUGAUCAUGGAUUUCCGUUAACCGCCACAUUAAUUACCACAACCUGCCACUUUCGGAAUCAAAUCCAAGAAAAGAUAGAAAUGAAUAAAAAUUUCUUUUGUAAAAUAUGAGAACAAGUGACAAAUAACGAUCGAAGUGGACAUAGACAUAUACACCAGUAUCGAGAUGAUAGAUGGUGCUUUGAAUUGUAGAAAGUGCACGAGGUUGCAAAAGAUAUCGUUUUAUAAAUUGUAGCAUUAGUGUUUGUAUAUUGGAAAAUACAUUAUGAACUAUAGUUCUAAAA